UCCCAUUAAAUCAAUUAUUGUUGUAAUAUAGUACUUCAUGUACCGUCAAUCUGUCAUUCAUCGUGUUCUCUCUUAUAGCCAGAGCCAGAGUAUGCCAGAGCCAGACUCUCUGGUCUCUGGUCAAUUUUCUCUCUCGAUUUUGUGACCAUAUUUUGACCAAGAGUAUAUUAGCAUUAUUAGCUAGGUUUCUGGCCUUGCAGUUGAGUUCGCUCAGUUUUUUUUUAAAGUUUGCAAAGAGCAGGGAGUCUGUGCUCCAAAAUCACGAGUUGGUGUGAACUGUGAAGGCACAACUGCUAAACAGUAAAAUACAAGGCGAAGAUGGCGGCCACUACUGACAAUGACAAGAGGGAUAAAUCCCUUCAGGAUUACAGAAAAAAACUCAUGGAGCACAAGGAAGUCGAGUCCCGGCUCAAAGAAAUGAGAGAGCAUUUAAAGGACUUGACAAAACAAUACGACAAGUCGGAAAAUGACUUGAAGGCUCUACAAAGUGUUGGCCAGAUUGUUGGUGAAGUUCUGAAACAAUUAACAGAAGAGAAGUUUAUAGUCAAAGCUACAAAUGGACCAAGGUAUGUGGUCGGAUGCAGACGCCAGCUGGACAAAAAUAAGCUUAAAUCUGGGACUAGAGUUGCUCUUGACAUGACAACUCUCACGAUUAUGCGCUACUUACCCCGUGAAGUGGAUCCAUUAGUGUAUAACAUGUCACAUGAAGAUCCUGGUGAUGUCACCUAUUCUGAAAUUGGAGGAUUAAGCGAACAAAUUCGUGAACUGAGAGAGGUUAUUGAACUGCCUCUGCUGAAUCCUGAACUCUUUCACAGAGUCGGCAUUACACCACCAAAAGGUUGUCUGCUAUAUGGACCACCAGGAACUGGAAAGACGCUACUUGCUCGUGCUGUGGCAAGCCAGUUGGAUGCUAAUUUUUUGAAAGUUGUGUCUAGUGCUAUUGUCGAUAAGUAUAUUGGUGAAUCUGCGAGAUUGAUUCGUGAAAUGUUUAACUAUGCCAGGGAUCAUCAGCCUUGCAUCAUAUUUAUGGAUGAGAUUGACGCUAUUGGUGGCAGAAGAUUUUCUGAAGGAACGAGUGCUGAUCGCGAAAUUCAAAGGACUUUGAUGGAGUUAUUAAAUCAAAUGGAUGGUUUUGAUUCCUUAGGACAAGUUAAAAUGAUUAUGGCCACAAACAGACCAGAUACACUCGACCCUGCACUAUUGAGACCUGGUAGACUGGAUAGAAAAAUCGAAAUCCCAUUGCCAAACGAGCAAGCCCGACUGGAAAUCUUGAAAAUCCAUGCUAGUCCUAUUGCAAAACAUGGUGAAAUAGAUUAUGAAGCUGUAGUUAAGUUGUCUGACGGAUUUAAUGGUGCAGAUUUAAGAAACGUUUGUACAGAAGCAGGACUUUUCGCGAUUCGUUUAGAACGAGAAUAUGUUAUCCAGGAAGACUUUAUGAAAGCCGUGAGAAAAGUGUCAGACAAUAAGAAAUUGGAAUCGAAGUUGGAUUACAAGCCAGUGUAAAAACACGUAGAGGCUUGUUUUAUUUUUACGAUUAAAUAAGUUACGCGGAGAGAUCAUUUGAUUUAUAAAUAAAGUAUUUGUGU